AUGUUGCGAGCUCCCAGAAAAUCGAAGUCCAAGAGUCCAUAUGCAUGUCCUAGCGGUCAAGCUGCUGCAGCUAUCUCCACUGCGGUUAGGACCACACCACGAACCCAGGCGGCCAUUACACGGACUAGGCCUCAAGGCACUACAGCUACGUCAACCGUUUCGGCGACGGCGACGCUACCUCAGGUUUCUACUUUAACCACCGGUAUUCCUGUUAUCAGCAUGAUGCAACAAGCCUUACAGACCCAGCCAAGUCAGCAGGACGUGGUUAACGAACAGGGGACUGGGAGCACAACUGACCCAGAUAGUUCAGGAGCAUAUGGCUGUGGGGUAGUAUUUGGAAAUCAUUGGUCUUGUUUAUCCUGGCCUACAUACUGGUCUUCAGACAUAAUUAGGGAUAUAACAUUACUGGAGCUUGUUCCCAUAGUAUUGGUGGUCCAGGUUCAGGCAGCUAGCCCCUUUGGCAGAUCGAUUUCCCUCUUCGGUACCAAUGCAAUUUGGGGAAAUUAUGGAGAAACUAUAAACAAACUUUUGCAAGAUAACAUAUCAGAAAAUACUGGUAAAGUUUAUAAACAAGGACUAUAG